AUGUUGCGUUUGUGCCGAUCGGAUAACAUGGGCGUGCGGGAUAUGGUACCUGCGCUCAUGUUGCGUCUCCACAAAGACCAAGAUUGUUACUACUUUAUCAAUUGGUGGGUCCUGAGCACUAGGAAUCCGUGGUAUGACUGGGGUAUCAGCCCUACUUCAUGUCCUGAUUCUAGAAGAGCCGAUGUAUUCGAGGGUGUUGGUGGUUUCCUCAAUAAGUGCGGGGAUAUCAGUCAUACCUCUUGCCUGACUCUAUUGAAAAUUAAGCUGCUCCUCGAUCUCAUGAGACUGGAGCAGUCAUCAUCGAGCUUAGCUUCAAGGUUUCCUCCAGCAAUACUUCAUCAAAUUCAGUCCUCGGUGCCUCAGAACCCCGUCGUGUGCGCCAACCGCUCCAUCAUGGAUGGCGAGGCUGGUACUCGCCCAACUAUGAUUCGAAGGUUAAAGAAACAGAUCGAUACCCUGUAUCAGGACGUACACGGGGCAAAUAGCGAUUUUUGGACCGCUAUCGUCAAUCCGCCCAAUCGUGCAAGGAAAUUUCCUACGGUAUAUGGGAAUGGAAGUGCCGAGGAAAUCCAAUUGAUGAUCCAUUUCAACUACGCCGCGUGGGUUGAGACGCCAGGUGCUAUUGAUUUCAUCAAGGCAAAGGUCCACGGUGGUAAUUGA